AUGUUACCACAUCAACCCAGGCAUGUGCAUAUACCAGCAUCCCCUUCCAACUCUUUGGAUGUCACCAUAGGAACACCCACCGCCAUUGCCAAACCUGCUCCCAAUUUAAUAUGUUCCACCGAAGCCACAAACAAAGUGACUGAACACCAGCCUGCUAGUGCCAGAGCAAACACUGUACCUGGCACCUUGCCAAACUCACCACCAAAAAAACACUCUAAGGUACUCGCAAAGGAGAAGUACAAGGCUAGCAUUAUUAGUACACAGAAUGUUUUUCUUGCUCACUGGCUUCAACACUAUCCUAAUAGUUAUUACUAUGAAUGCUCCAAUGCCUAUGCAGCUCUCUGUGCUGACAAGAUGAAGGUAUGCACACAAUUCUUAGAUCAAAGGGUAAUUUGUGGAUUCAUCUGCAUGGUCUCAUAA